GUCGGUCGGAAAUACGUCACGUUUCUGAAGCUAAAGAUGCUCCAACUCCGCGCUGAGUGUGACUUUAACAUUAAGUUGUACUCUGUGGCAAACUUUGGCCACACCUAGAUCCUGUCCAAAAAAAAAAAAAAAAAAAAAAAGGUUUAUUUUUUUUAAUUUUUUUUUUUUUAUUCUUCCUCUGGUGCGUUUGUUUGUGUGUCGGCGAGUCCCGGCGGCGUAACCGGAGAAGGGCCUCACAGAGAGGGGAAUGCAGGACUGCAAUGGAGCACAAUGCAAUACAGUGGUUGGGUGCUCCCUCCUGCCAGCGAGGCAGUUACGCCUUCUACAAGUCGGUUAGCAGCCGAGCUCAACCCGACGGGCCCGUCCAGCUGUGGAAACUCGGCGAGUUUUACUUCAUCCGCUGUGGACCGCAGGAUCCUGUGUGCAUCGCCGAGGUGACCUUACUGUGGGAGGACCAGACCCGGCACCACCUGCUGGCCAGUGCCAGACUCUACUUCCUGCCUGAGGACACACCGAAGGGCCGGACCAGGGAGCACGGAGAGGAUGAAGUUCUGGCAGUGUCCAGGAAGAUGGUGGUGCGGGUGGAGGACCUGGUGCGAUGGUCGUGUGCGCAGCCGGCAGGUUGGAGCAGCAGCCUGAAGGCGGUGGCGUGUGGGACCAACGGCCUCCACAAACCUCCACAGAUCGGCGACUGCAGCAACGGCACGACGGACAAAAGCAGCGAGCCGCUCAAAGACAAAACUGAGAACGGCCCGGCCGAGCAUCACGCCGUCAAAGUCAUCAGCUACCCGCAGUACUGCCGCUUCCGCUCGCUGCAGCGGCGCAUCCAGGACGGAGCAAGGGGGUCGGCCCUGCAGGACCCCCACCUGCUGGCGCUGGGAGGCAUCAAGGUGACGCCCAACACCCGAGUGAUGUACUGCAGGGACACCUUCAACCACCCGACGCUGGAGAGCAGCUCCGGCUUCUCCUGGCAGUUCAGAUGUCCUUCUCUCAGUCUGCGAGGACGACCUCGUAAGAGGAGAGGCCGCGACAGCAAAGACUCGCCAAACCCCAGCCAGUCGGAGUCGUGGAUCGAGAGGAUGAAGGAGAACGUGAUGGGCAGUGUGGAGGUUGGCUGUGACGGCGGCUGGCUCCCUCACCCCGAGGAGCAGCUGUUCCUCGAUCAGCUGUUCGCCUUCAUGGACCGCCACGGAUCACCGAUCCACAAAGUCCCGAACCUGGGCUUCAAGAAGAUCGACCUCUUCCUCAUGUACUCUGUGGUCAAACGGCUCGGGGGCUACAAAAAGGUGACGACAGACCGUCUGUGGAAAGUGGUUUACAACGAGCUGGGCGGAUGCCCCGGCAGCACCAGCGCUGCGACCUGCACCAGGAGACACUACGAGAGGCUGAUGCUUCCUUAUGAAGAGCACCUCAGAGCGGGAGGAGCAGACUUUAAAGUCCCAGAAUCCCCGGUGGCGCCGAAGCCCAGAGGCAUCAGAGGCAGGAGACCGCAUCCCAGAGGCAAAAAGCCGGGACCCAGACCCCGGGAGAGGAAGGUGACCACACCACCUGCUGCUGCUUCUCCCACCAUACGUGAUGACGUCGCAAACCCGAACGGCACCGCGGUGGCGAAGAGAGGUCGAGGCCGGCCACCGGGCACACGAAACAAGGCCACAGUGCUCGCUCAGGCAAAGCUGCUGGCACUGCAGCAGGCGAAGGUCAAAGGCGGCACGGCGGAGACAAUGCAGCAGCAGCUUCCAGCCAUGGGCCGCGGAGGACUGACCGCCAGCAGCGUGCACAGGCCCAUCCAGCCGGCCAUCCUGCCCAUCACCAUGCCCCUCACCCCAGAUCUCGCCCCCCUCGCCGGCCCCUUCGUCUCUUUCCAGCCCAAACCGAAGGAGGUGAAGACGGAGCGAGGGGAGUCCGUGGUUCCCACCACGGGUGUGCUCCUCUCCGCGCUGCCACGCCACUUCAUCGGAGGCUCUCUGAGUGGCUUCAGCCCCAUCAAAGGCGUGUGUCCUUCGGACGUGUUCAGGAACCGGCUGGGCCUGCAGAGAGGCCCCGAGAGCCCCGCCCUGACCCCCCAGGACCCGAGCCAGCAUCAUUCAACCAUCUACACCCUCCAGCCGAAGAGUGGGAGCCCAGACACCCCUCACUCGAGCGGGGAGCAGCCGCAGCCUCAUCCUCUCCAGCAGCACCACACCCACUGCUCAGGGUGUAACAUGGACGAGGGGGGGCCGAGAGGAGGCGGGCGGGAGGCUAGGACCCGGCCCCCCAUGCCCCCCCUCCGAGUCCUGCCCGUGAACCUUGACUGCAGCGUUCAGGUGUGUCAGUUGAUGAGGACUCGUUGCUUGGGCCCAUCUCAGCUGCAGAUGUUCACGCGGUGCCUGUCCGAGGCUCUCUCCCAGGACCUCAGCGCCAAGCCCACCCCUCCCCCCGAGCAGGCGCUGCCCCUCAACCUCAGCAAACGCUUCACACCGAAGAGACCCGCCACGGAAGGGCCAGAGCCGAGCCGGGCCGUCGUCAACGGGAACGCCGACCAGCUGCUGGCCAAGAGACCGAGGACCGGCUUCACGGAGCCGGCUGAGGAGACACGCUCCAGCUCCGCAGGAAGCGCAGCAGAAGGAGUGGCGGUGGUUGGAGGAGGAGGGCAGGUGGAGGUGGAGAUGAAGAACCAGGACGAACCCGCAGAUCUGAGCUCGCCCAGCAGGAUCAGGGCCUUCCUGCUCGGCCUGCCGCCCUUCCAGGUCAAACUGGAGGAGGAUCUGAACGGCGUGCGGUUCGGGAAGUUCGUCCCUAAAGUCGAGAGCGGAGAGGUGCCGCUGAAAGAUGUGAAGGAGGAGGAAGAGGAGGAGGUGGCGGUGGAAAAGACGGAGGUGGAGGGGAGAGACCACGGAGACUGCUCCAGCCGCAGCGCCGCCAACGCUGACACGCAGUGUUUUUAACCCCCUCCGCUCUGAUUUGUUGGAAGAUGCUCGAUCCCGUCAGCGCCUGAACCCAUGGGAGCGCGGAGCUUUCGUUUCUCCAUCUUCACCAACUUUUCCUCUUCCUGUUAGAUUUUUUCCACUCACGCCGUCGGUCGAACUCUGCGGAGGAACGACGGUUCAUGACAAUCAUGCAUCUCACCGGAGACGGGACACGGACUCCGACACACACUGCCAUAACCUCCAUAACACUACGAUUAACUCCACCGUCAGAGGUCCACAAAGUUAGAAUCAGUAUCCAUCUAUGGGUGAUGCUAUGCAUCGGGACUUCAUUAACUAGCAUUAAGAGUGUACUGUAGUUUGUAGCUUUUAAAUUGUACUCUACGUCUGUAGAGACAGAGUUAUUUUCUGAUAAGGUGUUUAGAUGUUACGUGAGCGAAAGAAAAAAGAAGCAGCUCCUCUCAGUCUUCACGUUAUAGCUCGUUAAGUGAAGCGUUUAUAGUCCUGUUCGUUAGCUCUAAUGAUGUAAACUUUUACACACACGUGCCUUAAAUCGGCCUGCGAGUUGCUUCCUUGCCGGCUUCAAACACAUUCUCUUAAAGAGAUACCUUGAUGUUGGACCUGCUCAGCUUCCCUUCGCUCUCUCGUAGGGCUGCUUCCACCCCUGAGAAAAAAAUUGGCAUUUUAAUGUCGCUCAGAGUUCGUUAAGCUCAUAACGAGUGCGCGGACCCUCCUCUUCCACCUCACUGGUUUCCUUAUAAAACCCUCAGCAGCUACACGAUGGCGCCCUCAUCACUACCAGCCUUCACGUUAGAGCUCAUACACAAACCCGUAGCCCAAGCAUUCAGACUACCUCAGGUUCUUUUAUAGUUUCUCGCCUGCUUCAUAUGUUCAAGGGGAGUAUCCCAGCAUGCAUUAGGGUGGGAGGCAGUCCAUAAACGCACAUAGAUGGAUGCCAAGCAUGUGGUGUUAAACCAAGGCUCAUCAGACAUCAUUAAAACGCGUCUUCUCCCCAACUCCUACAAACUGGAUUUGUUAGGAACUAUUUUUAGUGGCAGAUUGAUCCAUAAAUAGGGGUGUUUAGGGCAGCGUGAUAUUGACACCUGCACUUUCUGAAACAUUAACUGAGGUGAGAUCAGAAAGUUCCAGCAAGCUGCUCCAGAGAUGAGCACCGGCUGUCCUCCAGCGUGCCGCAUCGAUUUUUCAGCUUGUUUUUAAUUUUUCAAAGUGGACAAACUUGAACGGAGGCAGAUCUGAGGGAGGGGUUCAGGACGCGAGCAAAGAUUGCGUAUCACCUGGUGCAGGUGAGGGAUAAAUUCACGGUUUACAACUUGAUGAAUGUGGAGAACAUGACAGACCUCACCUGCUGAGCCUCUCAGGAACUCUGGAGUCUUCGUCUGGUUCGUAGAGCGAACGCUCGCCAUCUGUGAUGGUCAGAGUACGAAUCCAUAGCUCCAAGCUCUGGACCUCUCAGAGGAGAGGAUCUUUAAUGUGAAAUCAGACGAAUUCAAACCAGGUUUCCGGUCCUUUGACGACCAAUAUCUGGGACUUUCUGAUCACCUUGUCGCAGUUUCCUUUGGCUUGUUAGUUUGGCUUCUGUUUGAUUCAGUCGUGUUUAGGAAAAAGCUUCACCAAAGAGUGUAAAAUCGAUUCACUUCACCAUCAUCAUCAUCAUCCUGUCAUAUAAAGUGCCAACAUAAAACCCAACCCCCUAAAACCCAACAAACAUCAAGGUAUCCCUUUAAAGUCGCCUUUUCCUGUUUGUUUUCUGCCACAGACGUUGGUUCAGAUUUGCACACCUACUGUACACACUCGCUUUUCCUCGUUUCUUUUCUUCCUACCCGAGUAGUCGAAUCAACUACGACACCGAAAUUAAGUGGUGCUGUUUGCUUAGUUUUGUUGCCAUAUUAUUGUUGUUAUUAUUGUUGUUGUUGUUCUUUUCAUCGCCAUCAUGCAUCGAGAGGAAAAGUUCUUCGUAGCCGACCUAAUUUUCCUGAGAAUUUUAAGAAAGUAUAUUUUAAUUAAAAGAAACCGUGGCUUGUUUAUGAAAAUAUGUGCAGGAUUUUUUCCUCCUGAUUUAUUCGACUGUUGGCUUCAUGUGAGGCAAAUCGUUUGUGAAUGAGUACGUGAGUAGAGAUGUAUACACUCUGUCGGUCGUAGCUGGGCAGACGCACCAAAGUACUCGACCGGGACUUUUCCGUAACCUCUGUCGUAGUUUUAGGACUUCAGGAUUUUCUUCUUCACUUGUGGGGAAAAUGAGCAGUAACCAGGAGACGAUGGUGAAUACCGGUAAAUACUACAAGGUCAUAUUCCCCUUCAUGCAGUAACAACAGUGAGAACAGGGUAACUACUGUACAUAAUGGCUCUGCUUCUUCCUAUCAGCACACCUUUAUUUAUUGUAGGUGAGGCGCUUCAGAGGGAACGAGUUCAUACAACCUCCAAACAUUUCCAAAAACCGCAUGUACUCUCAGAUUUAUAGUCCUGCAGGCGCAGUGUGUCUUUUCAGGCUUUACACUCGAUUUUACACAAGAAACGUGACAGAAGUGGUUGUGUGAAAGUUUUCCACCUGCAACUUUAGCUUUUGGCGAGCUGUACCGCUUACUUUAACUCACAAUUUAGGACUUUAUCAAAGGGGGACCCAUUCUGCUCAUUUCCAGCUCUUUAUUUUUAUUCUUGAACUCUACCAGAGCAGCUUUGCAUGACUCAAAAUAAUCCUUAUUUUUAUUAAACUGGGCCUUAACUUUAUCAUAUGUCUAAAACAAGCUGUUUUAGCUCCAGUGUCUUUAAGGAAACCCUCCCUAAAAGACUGCUUUCCUCUGAUUGUCCAACUUCUGUAAGCCUCCUGAGGGGCAGCAGCCAGUAAAGCCUACAGUAGAGUUGCAUGUAUGCAGAUGACUUGACUGUUUACCCCUUAAAAGCAUCCCAGGAGUAACCCAUGAAGAUGAGGUCACAUUUCAAAACAAAUAAAAUGACUGGGUUUGCAUCAAAUGUUAGCGAGGGUGGUCUCUUGGAAGAACCCCGAAGCUAUUUCAAUGAUUUUCAAUCCACGUCUUUAUCGCUUAAUACUGAGGUGCCAAAACUUGUCACUAAGGGUACCUUCGCUGCCAAAAAGCAGGUGUUUUAAGUGCAGUUAACUUCACAAAACUUUCUUCUUCUUCACAAAAUCACUUUACUCACCGGUAUAUCAUCCUGACCUUUGAAUCGACUCGUCUUCCUCUGUCGUAGGACCUCGUUCACUUUGAUUCACCUCAGCUUCUCACUGGGCGCCUCCCAGUCAAACCAUAACUCCACUGGACCAGUUUUCUCUUUAAUCUCUUAAAUCUGUUUUUAUUUUUAGCUGACUUUAUUGUAUGUUGACGAGGCAAGGUCAGGUGAAGCUCUUCUAGUUUAGAGCUAGAGAAUCAGGUGAAACCAGUGUGAGAGGAGGUUUUUUUCUGGUUAUUUAAACUGAGUUUGUUAAAGUUUCUUUAGAUAUAAUUUCAGUCUUUUUUUCUUUUCCCAUUUGAUCUUAAAUUUUCCGAUGUUUACAUUUUGUUAUGCAUGUUCAGCAGAUCUUAUAUCCAGUGUUUUGCACACUACUCCAGCAUCAAGACUCAAACGGCACCGCUCAUUUCUGUAAAGUUCUUCAAAUUUAAGUGCCUGAUACUUUGGAUUGGAGUUGAUACUUGCAGGCGAAUGAGCUCAUUAGCCUUCACAACAUUGACUUGAACAACGGCUCCUGCAGUCGGAUGACGUUUCUUUGACCUGUUGGGUGAAAUGAGGUAAAGCCACGGUGUUGGAGGCGACAGCAGGACGCUCGCUCAGCUCCGUCUGUUGGAGCAAACUGGACCUAACGAGGACACCGAGUAGCCGGAUGGACAUUCAUGAAGACAAAUGAUCAAAUCUUUUUUAAAAGGUGCUGCACGCCACAUUUUAACGUCUGAAGUUGCUGCAUCAAUGUGACUGUUAAAAAGAGAGAAACCUUUUCUCUGGCUUCUAUAUCAAUGUCAAACAAUUAACUACAGAAUGUCAGAUGCUCCUAAAGAUGACUAUUUUAAUCAAUCAAGUAUUUUUUAAUAAACUAUUGAAUGUUUGGCCUAAUAAAAUGCCAAGUGUUUCAAAAUAAUAUUAUAAAAUUUUUAAACUGAGUAAGAAUUAAGCAGAUUUAAAAAACUGGGACGUUGUUGUUUCUACUUAUGUGAUUUUCUUUAUUUCUUGCUGCACAUCUCCCCCAGGAGAAGAUCAAAGUUUCAAAUGUUGGACUCGGUCUACGUUCAAGUCCUCCUGGCUCUGUAUGACAUCACAGAGAGGGGAUUUCCCUUGUACGGUCCUCUUUGGCAGAGAAAUUAAAUGUUUCCAGGUGUUAAAAAUGCUGCUUGUGGCACCUUUAAAAACUCUUGGAUGUUACACACUGACGAAUGUCUCACUCACAUCUGCCUGUGAUCUCAUUUUUAAAUCACCUGACACGUUUGUUUGUUUGUUUUUUUCAUGAUUUCUGUCCCGUUUCAUUUUUGUUUGUUUUUUCAAUGGAAAGGAACCCUGGAUCAGCAGAAGCGUCUCGUGUUCUUUUCUCUACAAACUGAGUUGAACUUUUGGUCUGAGUCGACCGAAGAGAACGAACGCUUCCCCGAGAUGUAUGAUUUGAACAGCAGGAGUUUGUUUUUAAACCUUCUCGACUGAUUGUGUUAAACAGAACUUCCUUUUUGUUUUUGUUUCUGUAAACAGCUAGCAGUGUCAGGUACCAUUCCAUUUUAACACUGUAUAUUUAUAAUAAAAGUAAUCUGUUAAUAA